AUGAAUAUAAAAAGAUGGGAUUUGGCAACCAGUAGUGUGAUAAAUGUCUACUUUCUUCAGUAUCCCAUUCAGUUUAGAAUAUUGUUAUUGGUAGUAGCUGCAUUAAUUCCUUCAAUUCAAGUCACGUUUUCAAUGAAGCUUUUCAAUACAUUGUGCAUAUUUCCUGUUAUCACGUCAGUAAUGGCCUAUUCAAGCUCCAACUCAUCUUCAAAUGGUACUUCAAACUCCCUGUCGCUGUAUUCGUCCCAUUCAUCCUCUGUUUUAUCAUCAUUUAUACAGAAGUCAGGAGAGGCUACUUCUAGUGGUGAUGCGCAUUUUAUUAACGUCAAUCACUUUGGCUUGGUAGGUGGCAUGUUAGCAGCCGUGGUCUCGCUGCUUGUAUAG